CCCUAAAGUUUCUAGAUGCAAAAAUUUCAGAACUACUUUACGUGGACUACCCUUUAUUGUAAAACGUGUGAGAUCGAGAAUAAACGAUGUAAAGUUUUAAGAACUAUACAUCUUAGUUAACAUUUACGGGAUAUAAUAAUUUAUAUAUGCGGGACAUUGUAACACUUGCUGUAGUAUAACGCGGUGCAAAGUUUAUGAAAUUGGGAACUGUUCAAACUACAAGUGCAGUGGCUUCCAUAAUUUACAUUAGAUUUCAAAAAGCUACGAAACUAAAAAUUUUCUACGCAGUGAUUAGUCGAAACGAUUAAUUAAAUUUUCAGAAUUAUUGUUAAUCGUAUUGAAUAAUAAUGGCAAAUAAUGAAAAUAGUAAACAUGAAAGUUCGGCUGAAAUUAAAGAGAAAAAUGAGAAUGACGAAAACGAAGAACCAGAAAAAAUUCUUAUCAUAGAUCCCGAUAACGAAGAAUUAGAUUUCAAUCAUUCAAGAUUAACGAAACUAGAAAAUUUAGAACCAUUGAGGAAAAUACGUAGAUUGUGUUUUACGUGGAACUUGAUCAAGAAAAUUGAAAAUCUCAGUACCCUCACGACUUUGGUUGAAUUAGAAUUAAGGGAUAAUCAGAUUGUUACUAUAGAAAAUUUAAAUACCCUUAUAAAUUUGGAAAUUUUAGAUGUAUCUUUUAAUCGUAUUAAAAAGAUAGAGGGAUUAGAGAAUUUAUUGAACCUACAGAAGUUAUUCGUAUCGUCGAAUAAAAUUCAGUGUAUCGAGAAUGUGUCGCACCUGAAAAAACUUACAACUCUCGAGUUAGGCGACAAUAAAAUACGAGAAAUUACGAAUCUUGACGGUCUUGAAAAUCUGACAAGUCUGUUCCUUGGUAAAAAUAAAAUCGCAAAGAUUGAAAAUUUAGGAUACUUACAAAAUCUUCAGUUGUUAAGUUUACAAAGUAAUCGCAUUAUAAAAAUAGAAAAUCUAGAAGAAUUACAAAAACUGGAUCAAUUGUAUCUAUCCGAAAAUGGGAUAACAUGUAUCGAAGGACUAUCAAAUUGCCCAAGGCUAACAACAUUGGAUUUGGCAAAUAACAAAAUAAAAAAGGUUCAAAAUAUAGACCAUCUUGAAAGUUUAGAGGAAUUUUGGAUAAAUAACAAUGAAAUCGAAGAUUGGGCGACCGUAGAGAAUUUAACAACCAAUAAGAAAUUACAGACUGUUUACUUAGAGCAUAAUCCUAUCGCAUCGGAUCUAAAUUAUAGAACAAAGAUGAAAUUGUUGCUCCCAUGGCUUAUCCAAUUAGACGCGACGCUUUGCAGAUGAACAAUGAAAUACUACAAACUAGAUCAGUGUGUAACGAUAAUUAUGUAAACUGUAUCUAUUUACUUCAUUAUUUAUCUCUUAGUAUUGUUUUAAAAGAUUAUUUUUCAGUAACGAAGGAAACGUUAGAAAAUAUAUUUCAGCCUUGUUAAUAAAAGGUUUGAAAUAAUUAGGUUCUUUUCAACAAAAAUUCAUUCCUUCCGUUUGCAUUUUACAUUUUAUUAAUAGUCUUAUUAAAAUUAUUAAAUAAAAAAAAGUAUCCAUUGAAAAUUAAAACAAAAAUUAAAUUAAAAAAAGUAUAAUUUAGUGUUUUUACAUCGAACGAUAGAACAGGAAUAAUAAAACACUGCAAGGACACUAAAAUUAAACUAUUUCUGAUUUAAAUAUUUGGGUUUCUAUACGCCAAGCUGGUUAUGGACUACAGAUUGCGCCAUGUUACAGCGAGACAGCCCCAUCGAUGACCCAAAUGGUCAUACGGGUAAUAAAAUCCCAUGUUGCCCAUGGUUGCUAUACACGAUACGCGUUAUGAAAUAUUUAUCAUAAUCUUUUAAAUUUUAGCAACACUGUAAAAUUAAGUAUUAUUAUAUAAGCAAACUAUGAAUAUCAUGACUUCAUACGAUGUUAUA